AUGUCCACCCCAGCUAGGGCUAGGGACAAUGUCUUCUCAAGACGCGAGAUUGAGGGCAUGCUUGCUGAAGACAAGUUGAUUAUCAUUGUCGACGGCCAUGUCCUCAAACUGGAUUCCUGGAUCAAAUAUCACCCCGGAGGUGAUAUGGCCAUCAAGCAUAUGAUUGGCAAAGAUGCCACGGAUGAAGUCAAUGCACUCCAUUCACAGGAAGCCCGUCAGCGCAUGAGCAAAUUCCGAAUUGGCCGAAUCGAGGGCCGCUGGACCAACUUCCUCCCUCCCAUCCAAGGUGGAAAAUUCCGCCCAUUGAUCGAAAAUGAGAUCAACGAAGAAGACCUGGUGAGCUCAGAGCUAUCAAGCGAAGAGAUUUCAGCACCACCAUCUCCCAUCUUCGAAGCCGAAGACGAAAAAUUGGGCCUAAGACGCAGGCUAUCAGUAUCAACAAUUUCCUCGGCAGUCAGUGCCAUUCCUCCAUCAACAGAAACCAAACCACGAGCCUACGUGAUUGAUGCUCGAACUCAAGAGGAGAUUGAGCUGGAUGCAUCCAAGUAUCCUCCUCUCGACGCAGAACACCAAGAAUACAUCACAAAGAAAUACCGCGAGUUGCACGAGCGCAUCCGCGCAGCAGGGCUAUACAACUGCAACUACAAAGCCUAUGCCAUUGAGAUCUCUCGCUACGCCCUCUUCUUUGGGCUGUUCGUUUUCUUCCUCAAACAUUCUUGGUUCUGUCUAUCUGCCUUCUUCCUCGGCUGUUUCUGGCACCAACUUGUCUUCUCCGCCCAUGAUGCCGGCCACAUGGGUAUCACGCAUAACUAUCAGAUUGAUACCACCAUCGGCAUGAUCAUUGCCGAUUACAUGGGCGGCCUAAGCCUAGGCUGGUGGAAGCGCAGCCACAACGUGCACCACAUCGUAACCAACGCUCCCGAGCACGAUCCCGAUAUCGAACUGAUGCCCUUCUUCGCCCUCUCGCACCGCUUCUUCAGCUCGCUCCGCAGCACCUACUACGACCGUAUCAUGGAAUACGAUGCAGUGGCCAAGGUCACCGUCAAAUACCAGCACUACUUGUACUACCCCAUCCUUCUCUUCGGCCGCUUCAACCUCUACUUCCUCAGCUGGGAGCACAUCAUCGUCGGACGCGGACCGAAACACGGCGCGGGCUGGUGGCACCGGUGGUUCGAGUUCGCCGGCCACGUCUUCUUCUGGAUUUGGUUCGGAUACGGCGUUGUCUGGUGUAGCAUUCCCACCUGGUUCAACCGCGUCGUCUUCGUUUUGAUCUCGCACAUGGUGACUUCGCCGUUGCAUGUGCAGAUUACCCUGUCGCACUACGCUAUGUCCACAGCUGAUCUCGGCCCGCUGGAAUCUUUCCCCCAGAAGAUGCUCCGCACUACUAUGGACGUUGACUGUCCGCCUUGGUUGGACUUUUUCCAUGGCGGUCUCCAGUUCCAGGCUAUUCAUCAUUUGUAUCCCCGUAUCCCGCGACACAAUCUGCGCAAGACGCAGCAGUUUGUUCGGGAAUUCUGUGAGGAUGUGAACAUUCCGUAUGCGGUCUUUACCUUCUAUGAUGGUAACAAGGAGGUUAUUGGUCGUCUUGCGCACGUUGCCAGACAGGCGAAACUUUUGGAGGAGUGCCGGAAGGCUUGUGCGGCGGAUCCUCAUAUGCAUUGA